CUCACGGUCCUGAUUAGGCAGGUACCGCCCACCCCAGGAGCAGGCCCACACCCUGCACCCUGCUCCGUGCUCUGGACACUCUGCCUCUGUGCCCUCUUCCCUCAGUGACGGUGGGAGCCAGCCUGGAGCACCAACCUUGAUCCCAUCUUCUGAGCCCGGGGUUCAGUAACUCGGCAAAAACCUCAGUGACCCUCUCCUUCCGAGGCCCAGACGUGGCCCUCGCUGCCCCAAGAAGACCAUGCACUGUGGCUGCGUGGCCGAGGAUGCACCUGCCGUCCUGGGCAGCUCCUGGAUCUCAGGCAUGGCCUUCCCCGACUGGGCCUACAAAGCAGAGUCAUCCCCGGGCUCCCGGCAGAUCCAGCUGUGGCACUUCAUCCUAGAGCUGCUGCAGAAGGAGGAGUUCCAUCAUGUCAUCGCCUGGCAGCAGGGAGAGUACGGGGAGUUUGUCAUCAAGGAUCCAGAUGAGGUGGCCCGCCUCUGGGGCCGCAGGAAGUGCAAACCCCAGAUGAAUUAUGACAAGCUGAGCCGGGCCCUCAGGUAUUACUACAAUAAGAGGAUCCUGCACAAGACCAAAGGCAAGAGGUUCACAUAUAAGUUCAACUUCAGCAAGUUGAUUGUCAUCCACCAUCCUCUGUGGGAGGUGCGGGCACCGCCUUCCCCCCACUUGUUGCUGGGGGCCCCUGCCCUCUUUCGGCCAGCUCUGGUGCCCAUGGGCAUGCCCAGUGAGCUCCUGCACAGCAUGUUGUUUGCCCGUCAUGUUGGACAGGAGACCCCCCGAGGGCUGCCAGAGGCCACUGAGGACAAGAAGGGGAGCGGCGGCAGUGCCCCUCGCCUUGGCUCUCUCCUGGCCCCCUGCCAGCUUGGCCCUUGCUGCCUUCUGGGGAGCCCCCAAGACGAGCUGCCUGGCCUUGCUGCCUUCACCCCUCCCCUCCUGCCCCCCCUCCCUUCUGACUGGACCCGCCUCUCAGGGCCCUUCCUGCCCCCUGUUCCCCUGGAGCAGCCAUUCCCGGGGGCCCCCAAGCCAGACUCCCUGUUCCCAGGGCCUGGGUGCCCCCCAGUGACCCACCAUUUCUCGGGGCUCACCCUGUUGGCUGGGCUGGGCCCAGGAGCAGGCGAGAGGCUGCGGUUCCUGUCACUGAGGCCACAGUGGCUUGGGGUCAAGCCUGACCCCCUGAUGGGGGCGAAGGGACGCCCGAGUCCCAGGGACGGCUUCUCCUCAGACAUACAUGGACCCAAAACAGGGGACAAAUACCCUGUAUCCCCCCACUUGGAGAACUGCAGGGCAGUGUGGCCCCUGGAUCCUCCUUAGGUGGGGAGAUGGGAAGUGGGAGUCCCCUAAACUCCACCCCUCUUCCCCCUCUUCCUGUCUACUUUCUCUCUGGCUUUGUGCCUGGCCAGGUUUAAACUGCAGGAGGCUUUGAAAGGGUAGAGCCAAAUAAAAAGGGGUGAGGAUAUCGCAGGGGUAAGGAAGACUGAGGUGGGGGGCUCCCCUCCCUUCCCCUCUCCUGCUCUCCCCUCCCCUCUCCUCCCAUGGAAUUGUUCAUCAGAUGAAGGAGACUGGCCUAAUCUCCACUUUCUUUGAGGGAGCCGGGAAUAAGGGGCCCUUGCCUGAAGCAACACCCCCCACCCCUGCUUAUUCCCUUGCCUGAAGCAACACCCCCCACCCUUGCCCUCAGGAGGGAGAUGAUGGGCGUCUGGGUUGGGAGGCCAGGAGCCCAGACUCCAGUGUCUCUCCUGCCCCUCCACGCACACAUCCCCAGCAGCUCCUGUCUGGGGUGGGUGCUUCCUUCUGUCUCCGUUCCUCUGAGACCCGGGGAGGGGGACAGGGAGGGACUGGCCUCCUCAGAUCUAUAAUUCUGUG